GCAUAUGUGGACGUUGUAGUGAGCCUAUUAAGGUGACUAAACUGCGGCCAGCCUCCCUCUCUCGCUCUCAUCCGGGAGGAGGGGUGAGGAGGAGUAGAGGAGGGGGACGAGGGGUGAGUCGUGCCUCCCCCAGCUUCCCUCCCUCCCUCCUUCGGAUCAAUGCCCUGGACACUCACUUUCUCAUGUCUUCAAGGGGGAAUGCUUUGAAUACCUGCGACAUGGCAGCAAGCGUUGAUUGUCGAGAUUGACAGCAGCUCCACGCCGUCGUCUUCCCCUGUGUGUGACAGAGAGAGAGAGAGAGAGAGAGAGAGAGAGAGAGCGAGUUAGAUAGCUAGAGAAAGAGGGAGGGAGAUAAAGCAGAGAGUAACAAAAGCUACUUGUACUUUUGGACAGCUCAACUUGAGCGAAUGCGCGUGCGGGACCCUCCUCUGAUGGUGCCGCUUGAACAAGACUCUUUAAGUUGACACACAAGCCCGGCCGACCACCAUUUUCCUUCCUCCGCUUGUCUUUUUCAACACGGAGAGAGGACACAUUCGCCUCGACUCACGUCGUCAAGGUCAUUUACAUGAAUUCAAAACCAAUUUGCCAGUGAGUAGCUGGAAACUGGGGAGCGAGUCUUUCAGUUUUUAACCCCACACGCUGACAUGGAAGGCUUUCUUCGUAGCAGCUUUUUACUGAGCAGAGUCAUGUCUUCCAAGCAAGCCACGUCUCCUUUUGCCUCUGUGGUUGAUGGAGAUGAUGCCAUGAGCCAAGAUCACUUGUCUUGGGAAAAAGAGGAGAACGUUGAUGCCCACUGCACACCACAGCUGCCGCUGCACAAUCUGCUCCAUGGAAAAACCCACCCUGAUGAAAUUCAGCCGCUAAGCAGUGUACCUCCAGAGAGUGACUGGGACAGCUUGAUGUCUGCCCAACAACGCAUGGAAUCUGACAGCAAUAAAGUAUGUUCCCUGUACUCCUUCCGCAACAAUUCCACGUCUCCCCACAAGCCUGAGGAGGGGGCCCGGGAACGAGGUGACCUGCUGAGUGCAUCAGCAUUCGGAACUCCCGAACGCCGCAAAGGAAGCCUGGCAGAUGUCGUUGACACAUUGAAGCAGAAGAAGCUGGAGGAGAUGACAAAGACAGAGCAAGACGAAUCAUCAUGUAUGGAGAAACUACUUUCUAAAGACUGGAAAGAAAAGAUGGAGAGGCUCAAUACCAGUGAUCUUCUUGCUGAUGUAAAAGGUACUCCCGAGAGCCUGGCAGAAAAGGAACACCAGCUCUCCACAAUGAUUAGUCAGCUGAUCAGCCUAAGAGAACAGCUCCUGGCUGCCCAUGAUGAACAGAAGAAGCUUGCUGCUUCCCAAAUGGAGAAACAGAGGCAGCAAAUGGAGUUAGCUCGUCAGCAGCAGGAGCAGAUUGCCAGACAACAGCAGCAGCUUCUGCAGCAGCAGCACAAAAUCAACCUCCUCCAGCAGCAGAUCCAGCAGGUCCAGGGUCACAUGCCUCCGCUCAUGAUCCCCAUUUUUCCACACGACCAACGCACUCUGGCAGCAGCCGCUGCCGCCCAGCAAGGCUUUCUCUUCCCUCCCGGAAUGUCGUAUAAGCCAGGUGAUAACUACCCCGUGCAGUUCAUUCCCUCCACAAUGGCAGCUGCAGCAGCGUCAGGACUCAGCCCCCUCCAGCUUCAGCAACUGUACGCCGCCCAACUUGCCAGCAUGCAGGUCUCUCCCGGAGCCAAGAUGCCUCCCCUUCCGCAGCCCCUCAAUACCAGUGGGCCCAUUUCUCCCUCCUCUCUGAAGAAUGACAAGAGCUCCUCCAGCCCUAUCACACAAGUCAAGGAGGAAGGAACACAGCCGCUCAACCUUUCGGCUCGGCCAAAGACAACAGACAUGGUCAAGUCUCCAACUUCUCCGACACAAAACCUGUUUCCUGUCUGCAAAAGCAGCCCCAACAGUUUUGCCAACAAGGGUGGUAUCCCCAGUCCACUUGGAGGAAGCCUGGGCCGUGGCUCUUCACUAGACAUCCUGUCCAGCUUAAACUCCACAGCACUGUUCGGGGACCAAGACACGGUGAUGAAGGCCAUCCAGGAGGCUCGUAAAAUGAGGGAGCAGAUCCAGAGGGAACAGCUGCAACACCACCAACAGGGCAUGGAGGCAAAACUGUCCGCUCUGAGCUCCGUGGGCCUCAGCAACUGCAGGGCUGACAAGGAAAGGGCACAUUUUGAGAGCAUCGGGCACCAUCUUGGCAAGCUGGGAGAGGAUGGAAAGAUUGGACAUCGAGUCAUUGACCUCACCAGGCCUGAAGAUCUUGAUGGAGGUGCUGGAUCUACCGAGGCAAGAGUCUUCAGGGAAUCAAGAGGAAGGAACAACAACGAGCCGCACAUUAAAAGGCCGAUGAACGCGUUCAUGGUGUGGGCCAAAGACGAACGGAGGAAGAUCCUCCAGGCCUUCCCUGACAUGCAUAACUCCAACAUAAGCAAGAUUUUAGGCUCCAGGUGGAAGUCCAUGUCCAACCAGGACAAGCAGCCAUACUACGAAGAGCAGGCCCGUCUGAGUAAGCUCCACUUAGAGAAGUACCCCAACUACAAGUACAAACCACGGCCGAAGAGGACCUGCAUCAUCGACGGGAAAAAGCUGCGCAUUGGCGAGUAUAAGCAGAUGAUGCGUUCACGGCGACAAGAGAUGAGGCAGUUCUUCACUGUAGGGCAGCCACCACAGAUUCCCAUCACCACAAGCGCCAGUAUGGUCUACCCGGGGGCCAUCACCAUGGCGACGACAACACCCUCACCCCAAAUGACGUCAGAGUGCUCGAGCGCGUCGGUGAGUCCCGAGCCGUCCAUUCCCGUCAUCCAGAGCACCUAUAACAUGAAGCUGGAGGCCAACACCUUGGCCAACAACAACAACAACGAGGCUGUCAACGGAGAGGACGACAUGGACAUGUACGAAGAUUUCGAGGAUGAGCCCAAAUCAGACUAUAGUAGUGAAAAUGACACACACGAGCCAGUCAGCGCCAACUGAGGCCCCACCCCCCUCCCCAACCAGGAGGUCCAAUGGCAUCCAGCCGACAUACAGGAGGACGUGACACUGUCAAGACGACACCCCCAAGGUUUGAAAGCGCUCAAAAGAAGGACACAAACACGAUACAAGCCAGCAUGCACAUGUGGCUUCAGCAACAUCAAUAAAAAAAAAGCUAUUUGGUCUUAAAUGUUUCUUCAUGUGUGUGCUUGUGCUAAAUACACUUUUUUUUGUUGUCAUCAUGGACAUCUAAAUAAUGGCUGUGGCCUAUAAACAAAAGACAGAACUUGAAAUCGACAUUAUUUGACCAUGUUUGUGAACAAUUAGCUGAUUUUGUUCCUCACUCAGGUAUCGUGUGCCAGCCAACAGCUUGUGAAUGUGUGUGAUCAUGGCUACUUUAGCAGAACAACAAGGUCACACCAAACAAUUCCAUUUGUCUCCAUGCUUUAGUGCAGCAGUGCCAAACAAGUUGUAUUAAGAGAGAUGAUUGAUACGCUCGAUUCAUUCGGUCUGUUCAGAAGGUGACAAUUUUCCCCAUGCAGUCAUCAUCAAACCAAGUUACUCAAGUUCACUCGGGCUGAACCAGUACUGCAACAUCACUAGUUCUACCACCAUCUUGUUAAUCUGAGUGAUUGUAAUCAGGCCAGAAUGCUAAAGGGCCAAAAGGCCGCCAAUCUGCAGGAUUGGAAGAACGACGAAAGGCAGCUUUGGAGGCAUUACAAUCUCAAAUUGAUGUUGCACAAUGUGUAGCGCCACAACCUUCUCUUAAACGCUUUAGCCCCCAUUUGGACGGCAAGUUUAAAGUCUUAGCUCUUUUUUUCCUCAAUCUUAAUUCUUUUUCGACAUUGUAAAUCUUGAAUUGACACUAAGAAGUCUUAAAGCAGAGCACAGUCUUUUGGGGGCGGAUGCAGUGAGAUGAUUACUGUCCUCGUCUUAAGACCGGCGGCAGGACAUUUGUAGAACAGAAGACAAACAUGGUCAAGUGCACUUAUGCUUUUUUCCUCAUUCUUAUUGUGUUGUUUGUUGAGUGCACUUACCAACAAGCAUUAGGAAAAAAAAAGGUGACAUGUGACCACCUUGGCUUGAUAAAGCUCCUCCAUUUGAACACUCAGAUCCUCUUUAUAGGGCACAAGGUUUAAGUGCCCCCCCUUUUCCUCCCCGGCAUGCCCUGCCCUGAUCUGACCCCUGCCCAGAGUAACCUCAGAGCCACCCAGGGGGCGCCAUCUGGGAACACCAGGAAGGGUCUAGAAACAAUAAAAGUGAGGUGUGAGUCCCUCAUUGUGUUCUCCAUCAAAGUGCUGGAAAGUGAGGCCUCAACAGGGCUGCCCACCACGGCCCAGUCACCAGGCACUGGCGAGCAGAUGGAACAAGUACAUCAAGCUGUGGGGGAUUAUUAAAAUGACUGACGACUGGCUAUCAUGUGAAAUGCGCCAUUAUUAAUGCAUGACUUCAGCUAUUCCCCCUCGCUUGCCCUUGAAUCCGUCCAUUUGAGACAAGAGCUCACCGAGGAUCCCACUGGCUGCUCGCUGCUGGUCACCGCUAAGACUCACUGGUACACAUUCAUCACUUCUAUUUAUUUUAUAGCCCCCAAAAAUGAGGUACAACACACACUUUAAAGUGGCUCUCCUGACAAGUCGACAUGUUUUUUCCUCCUGUUUGCUGACUGCUUUGUAACGUGAUUGUAAAUAUGUUGAUGACCAUGCCUCACACACUGAGUGAAGGCUACUUACGAAAAAAAAAAAAAGGACUCUUCACCCAACUGAAACUUGACUGUGUGGCAGAAAAAAGACAAAAGAAUAAUAAUAAAAAAAACACGAACUCACAAAGGAGACGCUGUUUCAGAAGUGUUUCAAGCACUGGAUAUAAAUUGUCUGAUUAAUGUGAAUCUGUUUGAGGAAAAAAAAAUGGAAAAAAAAAACACACCAUGCAUUAACAAAAUUCCCCAGAUGGACUCAAGUGCGUUUGCACUCACAGUUGCCAGAUUUGAUGUAGUCUUUUUUUUUUGUCAACUUAUUUUGUUUAUUUAUGCAAAGCUGUGUGAUGGAUGAACACUUCAGGGCUGCCUUGUAUUUCGAAUUGUCACUAAAACAACAAAAGGACAAUCAGAGACAACUAGAAUGCUUGAAUUGGAGUUUGAAAAUUCACCAUCUGGUUUUUAUUCUUAAUAUAUAGGAAAUCUAUUUUAUUUGAAUGUUAAGCAUAACUUAUGUAUGUGAGCUAAUCUAUUUUUUUUCUGUCAUUGUUCUAUGUCAUUUCAAAAAGCUGACAAGUCAUUGUACCUCAUGAAGAUGCUGAAUUUGGAAUUAGAGCACUAAUCCAAUAAUCCCAAUGAGAAUAAGGUGGUCACUAAAACAAGAAGCACUUGACUUCCAAUUAUGACUUCAGUGUGUUUUCAUGUUGCAAACAGCACUAAUGCUCAUCAUAGCGUGAUUGUUUUAAACAUGCUUUUGAAAAGUGGGAAUGUGCAUAUAAUUUAUUAGUGGCAAAAAUCUUUACUUGUCACAUGACGUGCACAAGGAGCCCUCCCGAAUGAACAACUAAGGACAACAUUUCUAUGCUGAUUCACUGCUUUUACUGUAUUUUUUUUUCCUUCUUCUUUUGCGAUGACUAUGAUGGGAAUGCUGUGUGUGUGUGUGUGUGUGUGUGUUAAUUUAAUCAGCACAAUUCACUGACAUGCUGGACUGAUGAUAUACUAGCUGCUGUCGAGGAGGUACUUUUCUUUCUACAGUUGUUUGUGAAGCAACACUGUGUCAGGCUCUUCCAUCAUGAGAGCCCUUAUUUUGACAUUGCUGGCAGUCUACGUAUAGAAAUACAAUUUUUUUUUUUUUUGGUUUUCCUGGCAGGUACCUAGGCCCCAUGGCAAGUAUUCUUCGGGUGUUAUUAGAGAAAAUACAUAGUGUCUGUCGCUGCUUUAAAAAAGAACUUUAUGUCUGAAUAUGUAAAUAGUUUAUCAUAAUAUCUUGUACAGUCCAAUGUAAAGUUUUUAAUUCAUCUUCAUCAUGUUGCCAUUGUGUUCACAUUCUUUAUACAUUACAAAAGACUGAUUAUUUGGUAGGUGAUAUUGCUCAAAAGAAAAUACAUGCCGUUUUUUUUUUUUUUUGUUUUUUUUUGGCUUGGCUUCCUAGUGUACACCAGCAGGUUUCCAUGUGCAGUAUUGAUGUGAGGUAAACUUAAGGUGAAUAAUUUUACAGUGGUUGUGUGUGUGUGAGAGAGAGAAAGAGAGUGUGUGUGUAGAGUGCAAUCUCCCAGGCUUUUGUAGUAUUACUAUAUCAAGUUAGAAAAAAAAAGAAAUAAAUGAUAUAUUUGGGUGCAUCUAGGCAUCAUUGAAAUGUGCAUACUGUGUAAAAAAAAUAAUAAAUUAUCCCCGCAAGAAUGAGUUCAGGCAUCAUAUGGUGUAAUAUCAUUUCUGUAUGUCUCAGUGCAUUGUAACAAUCUUAACAGGGCUUAGUGGAAGAGCAGCCUGUUUAUACUCAUUUACCUCAACUAUUUCCUCCUCCCUUUGUGUAAAAGCGAAAGAGCUUCUCACAUCACUCCAUCUUUUGUACUGCUGUUGACACUUACAAAUUAAAAAGGCAUUUUG